AUGGUGUGGCCACGGAGUCACCACUACUACCAAUCAUCACUACUACCAAUCAUCACCACUAUCAAUUGUCGCUACCAUAAAUUAUCGCUACUUCCAUAUCAAUCAUCACCACAUCAAGCGAAAGUUGACACAACACAUCGUCGCAACACUACUAGCAAGCCUCGAUCGAACCAAACACCAAACCACAUCCUCCAAAAAAAGGAAAAAGACACGUCACAUAUGUCACUCUUCCCAAUCAUACCACCGUCACUCACACAAACAAUGUUAUCUUCAUCACCACCACAAUCGCCCACACUCUCGUCCUCACCGAUAUCAACGCACGACACCUCAUCACCACCACAAUCACCACAUCACGAUAAAGCCUCCCAACAACAACACCAUCACCACUUCUCCCCAACAAUCCCCCAUCUUCACUUGCCACAUCUCCCCCACAUCUCCCUCCGCACACACCUCACUUCCCUCUUCGCCCCCACGUCCCACCAGCAAUGUACAUGCUCGCCAUACCGCAUACCAGACUAUACGAAAUACAUCAUCGUGGACGACGAGUAUGUGCUGGUUGAGGAGGGCGAGGGGGAGGAUGGCGGGCCGUUGUGCAGGGAGGCGACGAUUGAGAGUGAGGGGUGGAAGACGAGUGGGAAAGGGGGAGAUAGGGUGAUGUUGAGCGAGAGGAAGAGGAGGUUGAGUGUGCAUUGUUUCGGGGGUUAGGGGUGAAGCUGGAAGGGAAGUGCAAGACGUCGAGGAAAGGCGUUGGUGAUUUUGUAUAUAUUCGUUUCAUGUUGAGGAGUUUUACACGGCCAAUUCUGUGUGGCGUACGAUGGUAUUUCUUUUAGUGAAAAAUGAGCUGCGGACAAGGGGGGGUUUUUUUUUGGAACGAGUUGGCAAGGUUUCUGGAGUAGAGUGGAUGUCUGGUCUACUACGGAUUGCCCAUGGAUUACAUAAACAUCUGAUUUGGUCGCCUUCUUGGUUGCAGAUGGAGCGGAGAUGCAGACAUAUAGUUCAAGAAAUCAAUGUUCUAGAACUUCGUCAA